UCUCUCUCUCUGUCUCUCUCUCUCUCUCUCUCCAGCCCCGAUCCUCUCUCUGCUACUCUCCCUCUCCACCCCCAAUCCUCUCUCACUACUCCCCAUCCUCUCUCUUGGAACAUAGGAAAAAUCUGAGCAAAAACAAUGCGGGGCUUCGGAUUGAGAGUUUUAGAAAUCGAACCCUAGGGUUUGAAAACAAAACUAAAAAAAUCAAGAAAAAAGGCUCACCGAGAGAAUCAAGGAGCUAAGUACUGGAUUGGAGAUGGAGAUUUAUAAGGUCGAGAUGAGAUGAUAUGUGGUCAUAUACGAUCGUAUAUAUGGAUUGGGAUACGACACUGGGAAGGUUUUUUGAAGAUGAACCUCUCUCUCUCUCUAUAAGAUAUAUUCAAUUUCAAGCAAGAAAUUGCAUUUUCUUCAUCUCUGAAACUCGCACUCUCAAAGCUUCUUGCAAAUGAUACAUGCAUCAUCAAGCCACAUCCAGUUCAGAUGGCUGCACCUGCUCAGCGCAGCAAUUCGAAAACUGUGACUUUUGAGCUAUAGGCAUGCUUCAUGGCGAGACAAUAGAUGAAUGGACGGAAGAUCCUGUUAAAAUCACUCAUGCAGCGGCCCCAUGGUGGAUUAUUCUGUCCGGGAACAAUCUCUGACAUUUCCUUGAAGAAAUCAAAACUAACGAGCAUUUUGAUCUAAUUAAAUAGAUCAGAGAACAUACUGUAAUUAGAGCGGAACCAUAUCGCCACUUGUUCACAGAAUUUUUCAGGUUGGUCUCGGUUGCCAUGUAUCUAUUCAAACCGGCAGUUAGAAUGUGAUAGCAGAUGUGCCCAAGAACCUGCACAAAUUUGAUUCUUAAUCAUGCACAGAUCAUCAACAUAAUUGGGAAAGGAAAGAAGGCUGCUAUUGUUUAGAACAUACAUAAGCAUAGUCACAGUCAAACUUCGAUAGUAAAGAACCCCAGGCCUGAUAGGCAAAGAAGUGGCAGAUAGCAUUGAAUUUCUUUUCCUUUGCAAGUACCUUCUUUCAGAACAGAUCCACUAAUAUGUUAGUCUACUAGAAUAUUAAGGAUAAAGAUAAUGAACCUGCAGCGUUGAAGUUUACCAACCUCUUCUUCAUCUCAUUCUCUACCAAACUUGUAAGUUUGUUCUUAAUGAAUCUUGGCUUUAGCCCUCCCAGGGAUCUUACAUUAAUUUAUGUGCCAAAUAAAUGUCCUGUGCUAGUAUUUUCCAUAUCCAUGUAUCAAUUUCACAUGUAACUUUUAAUGUUUCAUGUGUCAGUGGUACCCCUGCAACUCAGUUUAAUGGUACUUACUGGUUGCCUUGAAUAUAGGUCAAUGAUACAGUUGGAACACUGGCUGGAGGUAGAUACCGCAAUAAUGAUGUUGGGCCUGGGAGGUCAGAGCCCAAUUGAAAUAAUUCUAGUUUUCCUGGUGCGGCUUUGGGUCAUUUUAUUGAAAUUUCUCUGUUGUUACCUAAUACUUGAAAUGGAUAUUGCCUAAUUGCUGCACAGAUCUUGGACACAUUAUAAAAUCAGUAUCAUUCUAUUUUGGCCAAGAGGUUUUCUAGCAAUACUUUUCCCUUAUUUUUCAUGCACAUUGCUGGCUUCACAUUACCUUUAUAGAGGGCAUUUUAGUCACCCAAAGUGCCUUGUUAAGAGGGAUAUGGAAACAAGCAGUGGGUGCAUCCACAACACCAUGUGUGAACCUUGUACUAGUUUCCUUUGGUUGAAGGUGCUAAAUCAUUAGUUGAUCUUUGCUCAAAAGUUGCCUGUCUUCCCUCUUAUAUGUUAUAGGAUUUUAUUUGCAAUGUGUCAAUUGCUGAACUGUGGAUAUUCUUUUCUUAGUUCAGAAUAUUUAUAUGUUAAUGUUUUUCUUUUCCUUUGUUAUUGUAUAUUAAUUCUAUUUUUUCAGGCUUUUUGGGACUAUUCUGAGAAAAAGUUGCUUGGAAGGCAGAAUGCUCUGUAAUAAGCGAAUGGUCUCCCGAUGGAUGCUACUUCAUGACUGCAACAACAGUAUACAGUGAUUAACUUUAUUUAAGCAUUGAUGCAUUGACUUUAAAACCUUCCCACAAUGUAUUGUAGAAGUAAGGGCCUCCAAAAGCCCUCAUACAUUUUUUUUACACACUCACACCAAUUCAUGGAAGCCUUCAGAACUUAAACAAAUCAGUUCAAUCAGCUCAAAUUAACAGAUAUUAAAGGAUAAAAACAUACUUCUAUCAAGCUUAAGAAGAAAUUCAAUCAAUUAAAAAAUAAAAAAUUUGAGCUUAGUGGCUGUAUGGAUGUGAAAAGGUUUGUUCCUUUGUGGGGCCUGAUUUAGUCCUCCUCUUUGGAUGAUCUCUCAUCAUCCACCUUUAUCUAGCAUGUAGAGCCAUUUCAGCUUUGUUCUUUUCUUCAAUAAAAGUUAUGUUGCUAUUAGAUUGCCAUUAAAAAACUUUAAAAUGUUGGGUAAAAGUGCAGCUGCUUGUACCCAUAUAUAUGUUUUUUGUGCUUUGGUAAGUUGGUCUUGCCCCUAUUUGCAAGUCUACAGGUUACAUUUUGGAUUUUAGUAAGCACAACAUUGUCUUAAUCUUUCUUCUUUUUGUGGUUUGAUGAUUUAGAUCUUUUGAAUAUUAAUUUAUUUAUUUUUUCAAUUUUCUUUAAUUACAGAGAUCUUUUUUGGUAUAGUUCUUGGAUUAGGAGGAAAAACAGAGAAAUUGAAAAAAAGAAAAGAAAAGAAAAGAAGAUAAUGCCUUUGGUACUUGUUUAGGAAGUUUAUUUCGGAGUUUUGGAGUUUAUCGAGAUGAUUUGAAGCCAUAUUCAGAUUGAGGAGGAUUGGAAAAAGCACAGAUUAGGCUUGUCAAUGUUCAUUUUUGUAAGAGUACAGUCUCUUCUGGACCUUGCUUUGCGGACCACAGCUGCAAUAGAAGAUCCUUGUCACGAGGUACUGACAUGUUGUGUGGAAAGAUCUUCUUUGCUUAAUAGAUUGGGGACUCUCAGUGAUCUGGAAUAUGGGAUGAAAAAUUUACUUUCUACUCCUGAAGUUCAGAAGCCUGUUUCUGAUAGUAAUGAUCAGACAGAGCCAGUAAGUGUCACUGGCCUAGAAACGUUCUCUCUGAGUUACAAGGGGGUUCGUGCUUUUAACAAAUUGGGAACAACCAUCUCCCGCUCUUCAGUGCUUUGCCGCAGCAUGCUUAAAUUUAUUAAUAGCCUUUUACAUUAUUUGACAUUUGAGGUUCUUGAACCCAAUUGGCAUGUGAUGCACAAUAGACUUCUAACUGCAAAGAGCAUAGAUGAGGAUCAUGAGAAGGAAGAAGCCCGGGUGGAGGAGGUGACAGGACAGAUGGAGGGCAGGGCAGACAAGCCUCUCACUAAGGCUUCUAGACAAGUUGGAAAGAACCUAAGAAAGAACAACACUAAGAAAGCCAAUGAAGCAGAUACUGUUGUUGAAUUUGUAGCAUCGGUUAGUCCUACAACUGAAACUGGACAUGUUUCCGAGGGGGCAAAACCCAAAGGCAGGGGAGCUCCGAAGAAGGCUCCUACUAGAAAGCAGAAAAUGCCGACUACUGUUGAUAGUGAAGAGGGAGAUGAUGAGGUGCUCAAGCUAAAAGAACGAUUGGCAACAUAUAACAUUGAUUCUCCUUCAGAUCAAAUAGGUAUAUGAUCAUCCAUGUGUAAUAAGCUUUCGGAUCAAAGUGAAGCUGAGAAUAGGGUGUUAGUUGAUUGCAAAUUGAUAACCAGUAGAUGCACAUCCAUGGAGUUGUCGCUUGCGAUUGUUGAGAAGCUAUUUGGCUGCGAGAAGGCAUCAGAUCUUGUUAUUAAUGAGAACUUUAAAUAGACAUAACUAUUAUGUUGGCAUUGUACUUUUGUGAAUGGAAAUGAAUGAUUGUGUUUGAAUGAA